AUCACGUGACUGGACAAGAUGGCAGACACAGCGAUUUUUCAAGCAUGGCUACUUUCAUUUUGUUAUUUCACUACAGUCAUGACUUUGAAAAUGCCAUACGAGUUCAUAGCAGAUGAAACAAGUAAUUAUGUUCUACCUAAACUUCCUUACGAUUAUAAAGAUUUGGAGCCAUUCAUUGACGAGGCCACAGUGCGGGUACACCAUCUUGGCCACCAUGCCGCAUACACCACAAAAAUGAACAUUGCGCUAGAACAGUGGACAACCGACAGUGAGGUUAAAGAAUCAGUAUCUUUAGCCCAGAAACCAAUACUGGACAUUCUGAUUGGACUUGAUGAUGUACCAGAAAAAUACAAAAGUAGUAUACAAAACAACGGUGGGGGUUAUGUGAAUCAUAACUUCUACUGGUCUGUGAUGUCACCAAAUCCAAAUUCAGAUGACAGAGAGCCAAUCAAUCAACUGGGAGACGACAUUGUUCAGGAAUUCAGAAAUUUCUCCAACUUCAAAGCAAUGUUUACCAAGGAAGCCCUCUCACUAUUUGGAUCAGGUUAUGUGUGGUUGAGUCGAGAUCCAAAUGAAAAUGGAAAACUUGUCAUUUCAAAAACAACCAACCAAGACUCGCCUCUUACAGAUGGAUUUCAGCCAAUCCUUGUUAUUGAUGUAUGGGAGCACGCUUAUUAUCUAAAACACCAGAAUCUCCGACCAAAGUAUGUUUCUGACUGGUGGAACCUUGUUGACUGGUCAGCUGUGGAAGAACUUGACAAUUGGUGGAAAGGACCAAACUAUGGUUUUCAUGAUGAAUUUUAACUUAUUAUCUAACCUAACUAGCCAUGAUUUCU